AAACGUUCACUGCUCUUGAUUAAUUCUUUGUUCUAAAAUUUGUUUCAGCAGUUCAGAUCAAUUUCGUGGAAGUUUUAGUAGCAGACUAAAAUGUUAGCUUAGCACUUAAGCAGGCGUUGUAAUAGAGCCAAAAGUCCCAAAAUAAGCAUAAAAAAAAGAAAACAUGCACUACAAUAACAAAGACACGCUUCAGCGUGUUAAUCAACUGAUGUUAACUUGUGCCAAUGGGUACAAAUCCAAAAUUUCCUGCUUAAACGCAAACAUUGCGCCCACGUACAUAUACCCCAUAUUGAGCAUAAUUUUUGCUUAAGCCUAAUUUAUCAUUGCCCUCAGGCAGAUGAGAAAAUAAAAUACCUUGCUUCCAUCGUAGUAACGUAGCUGAUAUUUUUUUCGAGACACUAUGAUCUCUCGUUUAUUUUAUUUUUUUUUUUAUUUCGAGAUUUUUUCCUCCAGCUGAAUUACUUUCCACAUGUCGUCUUCUUACACGAGACAGAGAGGGCCCUUCAACGGAGAGGUAAGAUGGUGUAAUCCGAAAUGAUAUGAAAUGAGUAUUCAUGAGAUGGGCGAUGUCUAAGCUCUUGUAAAGGAAUUCACUCUCUCGAUUAUUGAAUUAGUUCUUCAGGAAUGGGGAAUAGGCGUGAUUAAGAAGUAAACACCAAAACAGAAGGGAAGUGCUAAAACUAUAUCCGGCACUUAAAACUAUGUCACAUAUUUGCUUUCUAUUCCAAUUGCAGGGUGCUGACAGCUAUCCUGCUGUUGUAUUAUUUUGAUAAGACUUUUUAAAAUGUCGCCAUUUCCUUUGAGGUAGAAUAUCUCGCGCUAUUUAUGGUGCAUCAGAGCGGGAGCGCGACUUCAUAACCCCUUACGGCCCGGGGCAGAUGAUGGUGAUAUAUCUGGGCACAAAUCCAACGGUGCUGAGAGAGUGCGGCGUUUUGGAACCCAAGGCGAGCUCAGAAACCCAGUCGUGAAGCGCGACUGAUAUUAUUUCAGAGAUUUGCGUCCAGUGGUCGUGCCGUUCAGGCGCCAGAAGCAGGAAAGGUUAGCCGUAUAUAGCAAUGCUAUCCUGUAGUUUAAUGUUCCGUUCGAUGCUGUGUCUUCUGCUCAGUUUCCUGUUAUUUGGAACCGUGGUGGUUCUUGCUGGCGAAGAGGACUAUGAUCCCUGUAAAGCCGAUGGCAUUAUCCAGGGAGAUAUUGCAAUCUCGUUGAAAGAACUGAGACUCCGUCGGCAGAAAAGGGCAGCCACAGCUUACAGCAAGAGGUUAUGGCGAGACGGAGUGAUUCCAUUCGUGAUUGCCGACGGGACUUACACAGGCGAUCAGAAAGCCACUAUUAUUCAAGCCAUGCGUCACUGGGAAAAUUUUACAUGUUUGUCAUUCGUUGAGCGCACGAUAGAGAAAGACUACAUCUACUUUCACAAGGGACGCUGUGGCUGCUGUUCCUACGUUGGACGGAAGGGGAAUGGGCGCCAGGGGAUUUCUGUGGGAAAGAACUGCGACAAAUUUGGGAUUGUAGUGCACGAGAUUGGUCACACUGUCGGAUUUUGGCACGAACAUACUCGGCCUGACAGGGGUGAAUUUGUUACGAUUGUCAAGGACAAUAUUAAGAAAGGGGAAGAACAUAACUUCCUUCAGCUUAGUUCCACGGAAAUUAACUCUUUGAACGAGCCUUACGACUAUGGAUCCAUCAUGCACUACGGGAAAAGCACGUUCGCAAAGGAAGUCAGUCAGGUCACAAUUCUACCCAAAAAAGAUCCAGAGACUGAAUUAAUUCCCGAGAUCGGUCAAAGAGAUCAGCUCAGUCAAGGAGAUAUUAGGCAGACUUCUAAAAUGUACCGUUGUGCAGAAUGUGGAAGAACCCUCCAAGAUCGUUCUGGCACUUUUACAUCGCCUGGGUUUCCUAGGAGCCAGAAGUACAAGCUAUGCGAAUGGCGCAUUUCAAUGACACCAGGCGAACGAAUCUCACUCAACUUUACCAUCUUUGGUCUCAGACGGGGCUCCAAUAAAUGCAAGGACGAGUACGUGGAGAUCCGAGACGGGCAUUUCAAAUCAUCCCCUCUGAUCGGAAAAUACUGCGGUAAAAGAACGCCGCCUGCGAUAUGGUCUACCGGAAGUAGAUUGUGGAUAAAGUAUUCUUCGGGUGACGUUGUAGGAAGACUGGGGUUUAAGGCAAGCUACAAAGCGGUAUGUGGUGGAAAAAUAACCACACCUCAGGGGACUAUUCAAUCACCUAAGUUCCCUGCCUGGUAUCCGCCGAACAAGAAAUGCACCUGGACAAUUUCCUUGCCAGAGAACUUCAGGGUUGGAAUACGUUUUGUUGCGUUCGAUGUUGAGAGCCACAGCAAGUGUUUGUACGAUUAUCUCCAAAUCUAUGAUGGACCGGACGAUUCCUCGACCGUCAUGGGACGAUAUUGCGGCAAACUGCUUCCCGAAGAACUGAAGAGCAACUUUAGUCAAAUGACGAUACAGUUUUCUUCAGAUGGAACCAUUAACAAACCUGGCUUUUACUUGAAUUUCUUCUCAGAGACUGAUGAGUGUCGAAAUAACAAUGGUGGAUGUGCACAAAUCUGUGAGGAUACCGUUGGAGGACAUCGGUGUUCAUGUCAACCUGGUUACGAGCUUAAAUCAAACAACAGAGACUGUGAAGCCGCCUGUGGUGGAACACUUACGGCCCCUGAAGGCAAUAUUACAUCUCCAAGUUACCCGGAUAACUAUCCUAAGAACAAACGCUGCAUUUGGAAAAUCACUGGCCCCAAAGGACAAAGAAUUUCACUGAAAUUCCUCGCGUUUCAGUUAGAAGGAAAUGGAUAUGGGGUUUGUCGUUACGAUUUCGUUGAAGUAAAAGACAAGGAUGAUCAAGUUCUUGGCAAGUUCUGUGGAGGCAAGAUCCCCCAGACAGUAACCAGUACAUCAAAUCUCAUGUGGGUGGAGUUCCGCUCUGACCAUACCCAGUCGAGAGGUGGAUUUUCUGCCGUCUAUUAUGCAGAUGAGGACGAGUGUCAGAACAAGAAUGGUGGAUGCGAGGAUAAAUGUGUGAACACUGUCGGCAGUUACAUCUGUUCUUGUAGAGAAGGAUUUGUUCUUCAGAAAGAUAAACACAGCUGUAAGGAAGUGAAUGACUGUGGUGCUACUCUCACAACGUUAUCAGGCGAGAUAACAUCUCCAAACUACCCAGGAAGUUACCAAGGAGACAGAGACUGCACGUGGAAAAUUAUUGUCCCGCCUGGGAAUCAUGUACAGCUUGAAUUCCGAGACAUCGAUAUAGAAGGUGGAGUGAAAUGCCGUUAUGACUUUGUCGAGGUCUUUUCUGGGACAGGCCAGCAAGCUGAGAGCCUGGGGCGAUAUUGUGGGAUGCAGCGUCCGAAUACAUUAACAUCUAGAGCCCACAAAAUGAUGAUCAAGUUUGGCUCGGAUUCAAUGAUUGCCAAGAAAGGCUUCCGCGUACGAUACACCGCAGUUUGCGGAGCUCAACUCCACUCCUCAACCAAUAAGCGUCAGUUUUCUUCUCAUCCCAGUUAUGGUGACGACAACUACAAAUCAAAUCUCCAGUGUUGGUGGCUGCUGACAGCUCGCUCAGGCUACAUCAUUCGUCUAAGAUUCAAGGAAUUUGACGUAGAAAACGAAAAGCUUUGUGGGUACGAUUACGUCAUCAUUCGUGACGGAAACAACAGCACCGCGCCACUGCUGGGGCGAGUGUGCGGCCAGGGAUCGCCAGGUUCUUCGCGCGAGUUUGUUACAAGCGGAAAUCGGAUGUGGAUACAAUUUCGAACGGACUUGACAAACAACAAGAAGGGCUUCGUUGCGGAAUAUUCAAGGUCACGCAAGACUGAAAAGAGCUCAUUGUAGGUAAAGAAGCUGGAAACUGCUCCAUGAAUUGGGAAACAGCCGUAGCGCCAGCACUGUUGUGCUUUGUAGAGCUAGAAAGAGCUUAAACGAGUAGCCAGAGUUUUAGGAAGAAGAGAAAGUAGUGUCAAGAGUAGCUUUUCAUUGACGGGUUUCGUAACAAAUAGCAGAGAACUCGACAAUUUUUUUUUUAUUAUUUAUUUGUCAUUUUGAAUUUUCAUUGGCUGGGGACGUCUUGCAAAAUUCCAGGAGUUUGAUCUUCGCUUUGGGUUUUUAACUUUAUUCUUUAUUCUUUAUUGAAUAUUAUUGAUUUUCUUCAUAAUGACAUGCUCUAUGUGAGACUAGUGUUUUCUAGUGUUUGCUUAAUGUACCAAAAAAACGAGGUAUAUUCGCUAGUUUUUCUACUUUGGUCUCUGGUACAAACGGCGAACCUGUUGUGAUUCAAUCGAAACGCAUUCAACCUCACCGCAGGUAAAACGAGGCUAAAUAAACCGCACUUGUACUGCAGCCGCACCGCAGUUAUGCCACGUUUUUGCUGUACUUUUGCUGUAAAUUACAACGGUGACCGUUAGGUGAACAGAUUUCACUGAGUGGACAUUGUUUGUACGUUCUAAAAAUUUAGACCUGAAACUGCUUCAACGGAACUUUAAACCAAAUUUUGAAGGUUUAAUACGCGGGAUCUUAAGGGCCCAUUAACCGAUCUUUUCGAGCCGUUGCUAAGGAAAAUUUAGUCUCAUAUAACCUCAUCAUUUC